UAUGUUUUUUGACUAGCUGGAAAUGGCGUCUCUUGGCUUCGAACCGUUCUAACUUUAUCGCACAAUAAUAAACAUAACAAUAUACACAGCUAUUAUCCCAUAACAUGGGGAGAAACUUUACUGGGAGGUUUUGGACGCUCUAGUUGGGAAGCAUUACUGUGACCGCUGCAACUAAAAGGAGUUAAAUCGCGGAGAGAAUAAUGGAGGAUUCUCAUACACGGUACAGCAAGCGCCUGCGUACGCGAACACAGCGCCGCUAUCAGGACGAUGGAAUCUCCGAUGAUGAAAUUGAAGGAAAGCGAAUGUUUGACCUGGAUGAAAAGCUGGAGUGUGAGAGAUUCGGCAGUGACUUGAUCAAACACAUGGAGGGUAAAGAAUUCACAUUUGAAUACAUCCAGAGGGAAGGACUCAGGGAUCCCAUUAUCUUCAAGACUACUGAUGGCCUUGGCAUGCAAAUGCCAGAUCCGGAUUUUAGCGUGAGUGAUGUCAAGUUGUUUGUUGGUAGUCGACGUAUUGUAGACGUUAUGGAUGUGAACACCCAGAAAGGAAUUGAGAUGUCGAUGGCUCAGUGGCGACGGUACUAUGAGACGCCACCAUCAGAAAGAGAAAAACUCUACAAUGUCAUCAGUCUAGAGUUCAGUCACACCAGACUGGAAAACCUGGUGAAACGGCCUGCUUCGGUGGACCUUAUUGACUGGGUGGACAACAUGUGGCCCCGUCAUAUCAAGGAGAGGCAGAGGGACUCCACCAAUGCCAUCAUAGACAUGCACUAUCCCAAAGUACAGAAGUACUGUCUCAUGAGUGUGCAGGGCUGCUUCACAGAUUUCCACAUUGACUUUGGAGGCACUUCCGUCUGGUACCACAUUCUGAGAGGAGGAAAGGUGUUCUGGCUGAUUCCACCCUCACCACAGAACCUGGAGAUGUAUGAGAACUGGGUUUUAUCAGGAAAACAGGGAGACAUCUUCUUGGGGGAUAAGUGCCAUGACUGUCAAAGGAUAGAGCUCCAUCAAGGGAACACCUUUGUCAUCCCAUCAGGGUGGAUCCAUGCUGUGUACACACCAGAGGACACAUUGGUGUUUGGGGGGAAUUUCCUCCACAGCUUUAACAUCCCGAUGCAGCUCAACAUCUACACCAUUGAGGAUCGCACACGGGUGCCAGCAAAGUUCAGGUACCCGUUUUACUAUGAGAUGUGCUGGUACGUCCUGGAGAGAUACCUUUACUGUCUGACAGACAUCUCGCACCUCACCCCUGAGUUCAAGAAGUACUCCCUCGGUAUAGGCUUAACACCAGCUGACCUCGAAAACAAUGCCUACACUGGUAAUGGUGCUUCCAAUGAAGAUGACACUGAUGAUGAAAAUGAGGAUAUCAAGAUCAAGGAGGAAGAUGCCGAAGAAGAAAAACCAAUCCAAGUUAGCAAACCCCGGCCCGUGCUGACCCCCUUUGAGCUUGAAGGACUGUGGAACCUUUUAGGAAAACUGGAGGAGCUGCCGAGCCACAAAAAGUGCGUCCCUGAAGGAAUUGCGAAUGCUGCAGGCCUGCUUGAGGACAUGAGGGCUGUUCUGACAGAUUGUGCCGAUGACAGCCCUAAGCUAGCCUACACUGGAGAGCCCAUAGUCAGAUGGCCUGAAAGGCCAUCAUGGUACCAGCCUCCCACUCCUCCUACACCUGUUCUUUACCGUCCUCGCUUGGGACCCACCCUCCACAAGCCUCUGGGUCAGAAGACCAAACGGUCUUCCAUCUCCGCCUUGAGACGGAGACGGGUGAGGUGCAAGCGCUGUGCUGCCUGCUGCAGGAAGGAGUGUGGCAACUGCCAGUACUGCCAUGACAUGAGGAAGUUCGGUGGACCUGGGCGCAUGAAGAAGAGCUGCGUCAUGCGACAGUGUCUAGCACCUGCGUUACCGAACACAGCACGAUGUGCCAUAUGUGGAGAGGGGGAGUCAGAUGAAGCAAAUCCAAUCACUCACACCCUCAUGGAGUGCUCUGUCUGUUCAGAAAUCGCCCAUCGACAAUGCAUUAAGGAACCUGGUGAGGGGAAGAUCAAUAAGGACUUACCGAGUUGUUGGGAGUGUCCCAAAUGUUACCAAGGAAAAGAUUCAGCAUCAGAGUCUUCCAGCGAUGAGGAAAGUGAAGAGUCAGAAGGCUCAACCUCCUUGCCACAGUCCAAACUUUCAUACAGGGAAGGAAUUGGUGUUGGUGAAGAGGCGGGUCCAGCAAAACGUAGCAGACCCCAAGGCCGGCCAACAGCACCACCGCCUUCUCAGAAACUGCUACUACAGCAUCAACAGAGCCGCAAACGAGCAACUGAACUUCAGCUCAGAUAUAAAAAGAGACUGAAACUGGAUCGGGUCAAAAUGUUAACAAAAUCGUCAUCUCUAGCUCAUUCCCCGAGGCUGCUGGGCUCCAGGGUGCUGCCUCGUCUGCGCUCUCCAGCGAGCAGACUACCUCAGGGCAGAGGUCAAGGUUCCACCUGGGCGAAUGGGUCUUCUUACCACAGCAAUCCAGUAGAGACCGAGUCCUUUGAGCAGCAGCAGCAGUCUUCCCAUGGUUUAGUGCUUGCACCCAAAGGAGAGCCCCGCAGGGGGAGAGGGCGAGGUGUGAGGCUGCGGGGAGGAGGGGCAGGAAAAGGCAUCAGAGGUGGUCAGAGUCAUGCAGAGUUGGAAGAGGACAGUGAGGACAGCAGCAGCAGCAGCACCAACAGCAGCAGUAGUGACGACGACGAAGAAGAAGAGAGUGGGCAGAACAGCGGGAGGGGAGGUGAUAAAGAGAACCAGCCACAGUUGAGACGGGAAGGACAGGCAGCCAAAGAAAGAGAAGAGGACGGGUUUGAGAUGGCCAACCAAAAUGGAGCAGAUGAGGAUGAAGAGGAGGAGAUGGAGCAGGAAAGUCGAACAGGGGACAGAGAUGCAACAUAUCUUAAUAAAGUCACACUCCAAAGGCCAACCAGAGCCAAACAGGACCCGUCAGCUAUUGUCCCCAAAUUAGAGGCUGUCGCCCCUCACACUGCUACUUCCACAGUACACAGCCAGCCCAGAGCCCUCCUCAGACCCCCCAUUAGAAAUCGCAGCCCCUGUCCUGAUCAGCACUCAAAUAGGCACACACCACCGCAGACUCGCAGUGGACACACUGGCACUCGCACUUCCCACUCAGAGAGACUUGAGGCCUCAAAAAGAAUGAGACUGAGCAGGCCAGCCAAACUGAACAAUGGAGCUUCCUCGUCUUCAUCUUCUGAGCUUCCCCAUCUCCGCGUCCCUCUGUCUGCCCUGCAGGAAGGAGGGGGCGAAGCAGAAAGGGGGAGUGUCGGGAAUAACCCAAGUUGUGAGAGAGAGGUGUGGGUGUCUGUCUUCCGCUACUUAAAUCGUGCAGAUCUCUGCGUCUGCAUGGCAGUCUGCAAGAACUGGUACAAAUGGUGUUUAGACAAGCGGCUUUGGGCGCGGAUUGACCUAAGCAUCAAGCGCACGGUUAGUCCUCAGGCCUUGACAGGCAUCAUAAAGAGACAGCCGGUCACACUCAACCUCUCCUGGACCAACAUCUCUAAAAAACAGCUCAGCUGGCUCAUUGACCGCCUGCCUGGGCUGAAGGAUCUGAUGCUGGCAGGUUGUUCCUGGUCCUCUGUUUCAGCUCUGUGCUCCUCUGGUUGCCCUCUACUCCGUUCACUUGAUCUGCGAUAUGCAGAUGCCGUCAAAGAUGCUCAGAUCAGGGAUCUAGUCACUCCUCCAGGCUGUGACAAUCGUAGUCAGUUGCGGUCCAUGCAGUGUUUGCGGCUAGCAGGUUUGGACAUUAGCGACUCCACUCUGCGUCUGGUGAUCCGCCACAUGCCCCAUUUAACAAAACUGGAUCUGUCCCACUGCAACAGUCUCACCGACCACUCCAUCAAUCUGCUGACUGCAGUGGGCUCGUCCACGCGAAACACACUCACAGAACUCAAUCUGGGAGGCUGCAGUAAACUGACAGAUACGUGUCUGAAGUAUCUCCGCCGCCUCUCUUGCAUCAUGCUGCUUGACCUACGAGGCUGUAAAGGUGUCUCCCGCAAGGCCUGUGAGGCGUUCAUCUCUGAGCUGUCAGUCAACACACUCUACUGCCUAUCGGAUGAAAAACUGAUCCAGCGGAUAUCCUAAGCGGCUCGCCUUCUGUCAUUGCAGACGUGAUUUGAGAUGCAAAAGCGGAGGGAGUGGAUCCUGAUGCGAAUCUGUGAAACAGAGAGAGGCAGGGAAGCUCAUGCACCUGUGCCACGUAAAGGAAGGGUGGGGUCUAAACUGGGAGGGCUCGCUGACUGGUGCUGUUGGGAGGGGUCAAAUGGCAUGUCACAGCUGGAACGAUGCUUCUUUUCAUUACAUUUUAUUUUGCCAUGUACUUAAAAAGGAAAAAAGGACUCAGGAGCUUUUUUGCUGUUCUUUUGGGACUUCGUGGUGAGUGGAGAAAACAUCUUUUUUUUUUUUUUUUUU